CAUGCUAUUAUUCCAAACCAAAGACAAAAUGUAUUCCAUGCACACUUAUAUUACAUCCCCUUUUCCCUUUGUCAAGUGGAAGAAUAUUUACUAUUAUUAGUCACUUUAUCUCUUUUCUGAAAGAACAAAGACUCCAUCCUUUUGUUGAAAGCCCAAGAAAGAAACGCCCUUCUCUCUUCCUUGAAAAUGAAGAAAAUGGUGACAUCUUCUUCGAUUUGUCCCCCUGUUUCCUACAUCAUUUACCAUCUUCUCCUUUACCUUUAAACCCUUUCUUGAAACAAAUCAAAUCUUGCUUUAUUUUUCUUGAAUUUUCUGUCUUUUUUUUAAUGGGGGCUGGUGUUUCUGGUCUUGGAGCAGAUGCGCAAAGGGGUUUUCCAUUGAAACCUGGUCUUGAUGACGUGCCAGAAAGUUGUAUAUCCUCAAUUUUUAUGUACUUGGAUCCACCAGAGAUAUGCAAAUUAGCGAGCUUGAACAGGGUUUUUCGUGGAGCCUCUUUGGCUGAUUUUGUAUGGGAAACAAAGCUGCCACCAAACUACAGGUAUCUGGUUCUGAAAGUUCUUGGUCAAAGUCCAGAGUCUUUGAGCAAGAAAGAGACUUAUGCUAGACUGUGCAGACCCAAUCGUUUUGAUGGUGGCACCAAGGAAGUGUGGUUGGAUAAAAGUAGCGGUAAGCUUUGCUUGUCAAUAUCCGCCAACGCACUGAAAAUAACAGGGAUAGAUGAUCGGAGGUAUUGGAAUCACAUUCCAACCGAAGAAUCCAGGUUCGAUACAGUGGCAUAUCUACAACAAAUUUGGUGGUUUGAAGUGGUUGGAGAAUUAGAGUUUGAAUUUCCUCCUGGAACCUAUAGUCUAUUCUUCAGGCUGCAGCUAGGCAAAGCCUCAAAAAGAUUUGGCCGACGCGUCUGUAACCUUGACCAGGUUCAUGGCUGGAAUAUCAAGCCCGUCCGAUUUCAACUUUCAACAUCCAAUGGCCAGCAAGCCUCAUCAGAAUGUUACCUGUAUGAGCCAGGGAAAUGGGUUCAUUAUCAUGUGGGUGAUUUUGUGAUUGAGAAUUCAAAUUCCCCAACAAAAAUCAAAUUUUCAAUGAUGCAGAUCGACUGUACACAUACAAAAGGAGGUCUUUCCGUAGAUUCUGUGUUGACAUACCCCAGUGAAUUUAGGCAGAGAUUGAAGUAAUCAAGUUUUAGGUUGUUAUCUAGUAGGCUUGCAGAUGAUACUAGCUAAUUGAAUAUAUGUUGUAUGAAAAUGGGGCAGUUCAAACAGAAUGUGUCUUGCUUUUUUUUUUUUUUUUUUUGUCCACAAACUUAUAAUUUGCUCGUUUUUUUGUUUUAAAAUGUCCUUUUAACUCGAUGAUCUUUUGUUUUACUCUCUUUGUACAGUAAAUUUGAGAAUAAUUGUGUUUGGUGGGUUAAAUCUUGUUCGUUGAAAAUAUAAGCUCUCUUAUUGGAUGCUACAAUGUCUUUUUUUUUUUUUUGGCUCUUUUGUUGAGUGAAUGUUGUUACGUCUUUAAAUUGAAUGGUCUGUUUUAUUAAAUCCCACAUCGUAAAAUUGAACCUGUUUAUAACAUGACAAAAAUAAAAUAAAUCAAAUUCUCAAGGUAAAAAGAAGGAUCCAAAUACUUGUUUGUUCGGUUGUACAAAUGUGAAUUGUUUUCCUGGGAUAACUAUAGGGGAUUGGAUUUGAACUGGACCCAUUGGGUCAGUGUCAUUGUUAGUGGUCAGGAACAAUUGGCCACUUUGGCAUUCUUAUCUAGAGAAUGAAGGCCUGACCCCACCAAUGGAUUGGAUGGGCUUGACUUACAGCUGUGGCUAUUCAUUCGAGCUGCAAGAGUAAAUUUGCUGAAAGAAACAUCAAACAUUAUAUGCUUUUUCUAGUCUAACCAUCAUGAUCUUGAGGAUGACUGA